ACACGCGAUAAGCUUCAUAUAAAAGACGAGGCACCGGCGUAUAGCUUUACUUUCAAAACAUGAAGGUUCUCAUCGCUUGCUUGUUCUUGGUUGCUGCCGCUCAGGCCACGGAGUGGGCUAAGGUCCGUCCUGUCUACAAGACGCGCCCUGGACUCCGACCCGUCAUCCCUGGCAAGAUCAUUGGUGGCGGUGUUGCCACCUUGGGGCAGUUCCCUUACCAGGCUGGCGUCACCAUUGACUUUGGUGGCUUCUGCGGAGGCUCCCUGAUUUCCGAGUCUGUUGCCCUCACUGCCGCUCACUGCAUUGACGGAGCCUUCAUCUGGGAGGUUGUUCUGGGCGCCCAAAACAUCAAUGAUAACUCCGAGCCCACCAGGCAAACCUUCGUCUCGCAGAACGCUCAGUUGCACGAGAACUACAACCCCAACACCAUCAACAACGACAUUGGCAUUAUCAAUUUGGGAGGAGUCGCCAGUGGCGCAGGAAUCAGCCCUGUCAGGCUGCCCUCCAGGUCCCAGGUCGGCACCACCUUUACUGGUGACAGAGUUCGAGUCUCUGGAUGGGGAAGGUUCUCUGACUCUAACCCGUCUAUCAGCCCCGAACUGAAAUUUGUUGAUGUGACCGUCUUGGCUAACGCUGAUUGCGCCUCUUACUACGGCAACAUCAUCAACGACUCCAAGAUUUGCGUCGACACCAACGGUGGAACCGAAGGAACCUGCAACGGAGACUCUGGUGGCCCCCUGGUCGUCACCGAGAGCGACGGUGAAGUCACUGAAAUCGGCAUUGUGUCCUUCGGCUCCUCCGCUGGAUGCGAGUCUGGCGCUCCCGCUGCCUUCACCAGGGUCACUGAGUACUUGGACUGGCUCGAAGCCAACGCUGGAGUUACCAUCAGGCCUUAAUUUGUUUUGAUUCAGAAAUAAAUUGAGAUAUUAAGAUAAA